AUCGUGAUUGAUUUGUUCACAGAUGAAAGACCGCGAGGUUGGUAGAAAUUCGUCCUGUGUGAAUGUGACGACUUGUUAAGUUUUGGUGUUAUACUGGAAAUAAACCGUUUAGAAACUGCAUGUCAGUGUUCCAACGGAGACCAGUUACAGCACGUCUUCAGCUUGAGCCAAACUGAUGUUCCUAAUAAACACAUGAAGUUCGUAUAGUGUGAUCGUCCGGCAUGUCUCAACUUUUUAAAAUUGUGCAAGAUAAAGUAUUAUAACUAUUGCUUGUUUCAUUCUGUGCAGGUAGGUUCUUUCCCUUUUCCCCAGUUUUUUUUUAUUAUCUGUAGUAUAAUUUAACCUGAUGUUUAUGUCCAAGACAUAGUUGUCACAUACAGUAUGGAACUAAUGAAGCUAAUGCGAAACAUUUUGUCACUUGUCUAGAAUUUUUCAAAUGGCAGCCUUGCUCAAUUCAAUGAACAGGAGAGACAUCAAUGAACAUGAGAGACAUCUAAUAUUCCGGAUCAUGUGUACUAAAGGCUGCAGUCAAGUGUCGAUUGAUGCUCUCCAUCAAUACUCUCAAUUGAUACCUUCAAUCAACAUCUCAAUCGAUACUCAAUCGACAUCCCUAUGGAUCUUUGGUCAACACUUGAUCGACACUUGAUCAACAGUCAGUAGAUAGUCGGCCUAGUGUCAACCGACUCAUAUGCACCGAUCGAAAAUCAGUUGAUUCUCGACCGACUGUCAACUGAGAGGUAGAUGGAGUGUCGAUGGAGUGUCAACCGAGGUGUCAAUGAAGUGUUGAUCGAAUAUUGAUCGAGUUUUGAUUGAGUGUCAAUCGAGAGUAUUGAUUAAGGGUAUCGAAUGACACUUGACUGCAAAUGCCUUCAGUACACAUGAUCCAAUAUUCCUGCCUUCCUGUCUUGGUCUUGUGCCUUUGGGUUGAAAACUUUGAUCUCAACGUUACGACUAAUUUCUCAUGCCUUGCUGAAAAAUGUGAGCUAUUGCAACCAUAACUGGCCUCUUUUUUUUUUUUUAAAUUUAUUGAAACUCUGAUAUUUAAAUGCAAUUUGAAGUUUGACAGACUGUAACACAGACUUUUAGCUCAAAGUAUGGUACAUUAAGUAUCAUUUUAUCAAAUUGUUCCCUUGACAUACAAACUCUUUGUUUGAAUGUUCCCUUUGGAAGGUUUGUUCUUAUUUUAAAGGGUUCUCAUUGUGUGUUUUUUUCAUGAUGUGCUCAGGUUUAGAUCCAACCAACAAUGGUCUUGUUAUUGAGCUGAUGCAGUAGUGCAUAGUGAGCUGAGAACCAAUGAAAAACAGUUCAAAACAAAUUUUUCAAACCUUCAUGUUUUCUUUGCUUGUAGCCAAACUUUCUGGCUCAGACGGGGGACCCAACUGGGCGUGGCACUGGAGGGGAAUCUGUUUUCAGGUUUCUCUAUGGAGACCAAGCAAAGUUCUUUGAAGCAGAAAUGAAACCACGUAUAAAACAUAAAAAGAGAGGAACUGUGUCCAUGGCAAACAAUGGAGAUAACUUGCAUGGUUCUCAAUUUUUCAUCACCCUGGGAGAAGAUCUUGAUUACCUGGAUGGUGUUCACACCGUGUUUGCCGAAGUUGUUGAAGGAUUUGAUAUCCUGGACAAACUGAAUGAUGCCAUUUGUGAUGAUGACAACAGGCCUUACCAGGACAUCAGAAUAAACCACACUGUAAUACUUGACGAUCCUUUUGACGAUCCGAGUGGCCUAAAAAUACCUGAUCGGUCUCCAGAACCGACUAAAGAACAGCUUGAUAGUGGUCGCAUCGGAGCUGACGAGGAGAUAGAUGACACUAAGGGUAAAACUAUGGAGGAGAUUGAUGAGAUGAUUGAAGAAAGAGAGCUCAAGGCUGGCACACAGAUCCUUGAAAUGGUUGGUGAUAUUCCCGAUGCCGACAUUAAACCCCCUGACAAUGUUCUUUUUGUCUGUAAAUUGAAUCCUGUCACUCAAGAUCAAGACCUGGAGAUAAUAUUUUCAAGAUUUGGACCCAUUAAAAGCUGUGAAGUCAUACGGGACCAGAAGAGCGGGGAGUCACUUCAGUAUGCUUUCAUUGAGUUUGAGAAUGUUGAAGACUGUGAGCGUGCUUACUUUAAAAUGGACAAUGUACUCAUUGAUGACCGACGAAUUCAUGUUGAUUUUUCACAGUCAGUUGCAAAAGUCCAGCUUCAAAAGCAGGGAGCCAAACCAGUCUUCCCAAGCAAAAGUGACAAGGACAAACCUAAAUUCACUGUCAAGGGACACAAAGAAAUGACAGGAUACGAUUUGGUGUUUGAUGAUGGACAUAAUGUCAACAGCAAAUCUGAAAACAAACGAAAGAAGCAAAAACGUGGAAGCCAUAGUGAUGAAGAAGAAAGGAAGAUGAAGCACAGUCACAAUGAUGAUCACAAAAGGAACAGAAAACCAGACGAGAAAGAGAAAGACAGGAGGCAUGAAAGAAAGGCACAUUACAGCAGUAGUGAAGAUGAACCAAAGGAUAGAGGAACGAGAGACAAAAGGGAGAGAGGAAGGAGCCCCAGUAGUAGCGAGGAUGAUGAGAGAAUAAAAAGAAAGAAGAAAAGUAAAGCAGAUGAUCACUCAAGAAGUCAUAAAUACAGUGACGAAAAACAUCAAACAGAAACACUGGCAAAGGCAAGGGAUCACAAGCACAGAAGAGACAGGGACCAUUCUCCAAGAAAGAAAGAAAAAUAUUCAAAACAUGAUCAAGACAAACAAAGACAUUCUGAAGGACACAAAAGCAAGCAUUCUUCACAUGAGCAUAAACAUCAUUCAAGUCAUAGACAUUAAGCUUGAAACAUGGAAUUGUGAUUAUCAGGGGAACAAUCUCUUGUCUUGCUUGUGAAGUAAGCAAAAUAUGCAAGCAAGAGCAUGGUUCUGCAGACAUUCCUACCAUUAUUGAUCAUGAAAACAAGUAUGCAAGCCUCAAGAGGAGUCAUAAAAUGAAACAACAAGAUCUGAGGAAUUUGGGCAUAUCACUACUGUCUGUAGUGUACGUAUAGGUUGCGUUUUUGGAACAGAAGAACAGUAAUUUGCACAAGUAAAAGAGUUGAACCCACAAGGAAUGUGUUUUAUUCCUCUAUAGAUAUAUUAAAUGUACAUUAAGAAGGAAUACACCAGACAUUUGAGUAACAAGUGGACAAAAACUUUGUACCAAAAUUAUUUGCACCAUAUUACAAACUUCUGUGGGAAUGUUUUGAACAUCUUCUCAAAAGAAGCCUAUUCUAACAGCACCAAAUGCCAAAAACAAAUUUUGAAGUUCAUAUGAAACACUUGAAAGUACUGGUGAAGUGAAACUGAUG